AUGAGCCUCAACAUCACUGCACACAUGAACCCAUUCAACGACCAGGGUGGCUGGUCCCCUGGCUCCUCCCUCCUGGAUGGCCACUCCCCUCGGGACAGGAAUCCCUUUGAAGACGAGGAAGAUGAGAACGAGGCCAAUGAGGGACGAGGGGGCGGAGUCAAAGGCGGGAAAGGCUUGUCCUCUGGGAAAGGGGGCGGGUUCAAGCUUGUGUCGCCGCUGAAGAGUCUAGGUAAACUGGGGCGUAGCCUGAGGUCGUCAGGGCGGGGCAAAGAUGGCUCCUCCCCCUCGCUCGCUGACUCACCGGGAGAGAAGAAGAAGAAGAGAGGGAGGCGGAGCUCCGAGGGCUCGCUACUCAGACUCGCUGGUCGCUGCAGAGACUCGUUCUCUCGUAAAGACUGUAUUUCUAAUGGAGACCAGGAGGAGGACACUCAGAGCCGCAGGAUCAGCCUCAUGAAGAUGGUUCUGGGGAAGACCAAGAGGGAGUCCGGGUCUGAGCGGGUCUCAACCGGACCGGAACCAGGACCAGGACUGGACUCAGACCCAGAGGAGGUGGUGAAGCCCAGAGAGCCACUGUCAGUGCUGGAGAUACUGCAGCUGGUGAAGAGGCGUGACCUGCUCUUGGCCGACGCCCACAUCCUGGAGCUGGAACAGGAAGUGAGCGCAUCAUGUGACCAGAGCGACGAAUCAGGACGAGACGACGGGCGGCGGCGCGCGAAGGACGUGGAACUUCUGUACGAGGAACUUCAGAAGGAACUCUGGUCCGUGGUCAGAGAGGCUCUUAGGAACCCCACCGCAGGACCCAACCUGGGACUGGUGGUCCAGGUGCUGGAGCAGGAGGAGAAGGUGGACCAGGACUUUCUCGGGUCUCACACAGAGGUCUGGGUCUCCUCUGGACCGAGGCCUCGCAGACUGAGGCAGCGAUGGGAGGAGGCGGUUGCGGAGCUCGCCCACUCCUCGCUCCCGCUCCAGACCCAGUUCUUGGCCGGGUUCCUGGACCGGUUCUUGGACCAGAUCCGGAUCAGAGUGGUGGAAGACCUGACCGCCGCCAAGAGGAACGUGGUGUCCAUCUACCCCCCAGAGUACCAGCCUUUUCAGGUGUAUGCUCAGAGUUACCACGCUGCGGUGAUGAAGAGGCUGAGCUCCAUCACUGAGACGCAGCUGCAGACGACUGACUGCUACGCUCUGCUGGACUGGGUCUACAACGUGUACCACCGGUCCUUGGACUCCUUCUCAGUCUCUGGACUUGCUCCUCUGUUGUCCUCAGAGACUGUGGAGCGACUGGAGCUGGACUGCCUCAACUCUGUCCGGGCCACAGUGACCUCUGAGCUGCUUCAGGUUCUGGACGAUGAGGAGAAACGUUGGAUGGAGACUCUGCACAUUGAGGAGUUCACUCUCCCCCUGACGUCUGCUGUCAUCCAGAGACUGGAGGUGGACCUAGAGCGCUCGGUCUCGGUGAACCAGAGUCUGGGAUCUCGUGUGGCUCAGGUGACUCUGAACGGACUCGCCGACUUCUUCUACAGUUUCCAGCGUAAAGUGGAAAUAUUCCACGAGGGUCUGCAGAGCGGGAUGUACGGAGACAACCAGGACGGAUACGUGUCCAAGACCAUCGCUCAGGUCAACUGCACUCCCCCCUUCAGGGCGUUCGCUGAGCGCUGCUCUGGGUCCGACCUGGUGCACAGCGAGGACUCUCUUAGACGAGCCUCGAGAGCUCUGGAUUCUGUGGUCCAGACUGGAGUCCGAGUCCUGUCAGACCGACUGUACUACUGCAUCAAGCCUCAGUUUGAGCGUCUGGUGAAGAGGAAGUGGCUCAAUAACACAGAACCAUUUGAACAAAUACAAAACAUGAUCCAAGAAAAGUUCAAGAAAUACAAGAGGAUGGACAAGCCGCCGUAUGAGCUCCUGGUGGGAGACCUCCAUCGGCGUGUGGUUGUAGAAUACCUUCGUGCUGUGAUGAGAGGGCGGCUCAUCUGCACUUCGUCCAAAAUGAGACGAAAGACUGCAAUGAGACUGAGGGAGGAGGGGGCUGCCAUCACCCAGCUGUUCUCACAACUGGACUCUCCCUGCAGCUGGCUCCAGGGGGCGCUCUCUCACCUCUCAGAGAUCAUCGACCUCGAGGACCUCCCCUCCAUCCAGAUGGAAGUGGGAGUCCUGCUACGAGAGUACCCAGACCUCAGGAGGAAGCAUGUGUCAGCCAUCUUGAGUCUGCGUGGACUGACCCGGCAGUCGGAGCGGGUGGAGGUCCUGAACGUCCUGAAGGACCUGGAGAUGGACCAGACCUGGGACCUGCCGCGGGACCGGUCCCUGUUCGCUCAGGUCCCGGUCACUAACGAGCUCCACUGCGUCAACCCAGAACUGCAGACGUCUCUGAGCCUUAAGCAGCUGGAGGCUCUGUCAUUCAGUCUGGGUGUCCUCAGGUCUCCUCCUCAGGUCUCCUCCUCAGGUCUCCUCCUCAGGUCUCCUCCUCAGGUCUCCUCCUCAGGUCUCCUCCUCAGGUCUCCUCCUCAGGUCUCCUCCUCAGGUCUCCUCCUCAGGUCUCCUCCUCAGGUCUCCUCCUCAGGUCUCCUCCUCAGGUCUCCUCCUCAGGUCUCCUCCUCAGGUCUCCUCCUCAGGUCUCCUCCUCAGGUCUCCUCCUUGUCCCCGCUCGUCCCCAUGAACGGGACUCCCUCUACGGGGAUGUCCUUGUCCUUUAUCGCCCUCUGGACGCAGCGCUGGUCCGUGCAGGCCUCCCCCACACUGUUCAUGUUGAACAGACACCGGGAGAUACCGGCUGACAAUGGGAAAUACGCAGAGACAGAGAGACACCGAGAAACACGCAGCGGAGUCGACACAAGCAGCGAGGGUCUGACUGCAGAGGAGCGGGAACACAGGUGGAAGAGGACGAGCAGAAACAUGUCUGACAGCGAAGACAGCGACUUUUCUGACGUCCAGAGCGAGAGGAGCAGCGACGGGGAGGCGGAGGAGGCAGAGGAGGCGGAGGAGGUGGAGGAGGGAAACAGUCCUGUGGGCAGUGACAAAGCUGCUGAUGAAGAGGGAGAAGACCUCCUCGAUGAUGAAGACGAAUAUGACGAAGAGGAGGAAGAGGAGGAUGAUGACCGACCAAGGAAGAAGCCUCGACACGGAGGAUUCAUCCUGGACGAAGCCGACGUUGACGAUGAGUACGAAGACGAGGAGCAGUAUGAAGAAGGAGGAGAGGACAUUCUGGAGAAAGAAGAUGCAGAAGUGUCGAAUAUGGACCACAUUCCUCUGGACGACGAUCACUCAGGCUCCAGGCGACUGCAGAAUCUGUGGAGAGACUCUCGAGAGGAGGCGCUGGGGGAGUAUUACAUGAGGAAAUACGCCAAGUCUGCAGGAGGCGAACAUUAUUCUGGAGGAUCAGAGGAGCUCUCUGAUGAUAUCACACAACAGCAGCUGCUGCCGGGGGUCAAAGAUCCAAACCUGUGGACGGUCAAGUGUAAGAUCGGAGAGGAGCGAGCCACCGCCAUCGCCCUCAUGAGGAAGUUCAUUGCCUACCAGUUCACCGACACGCCUCUGCAGAUAAAGUCGGUGGUAGCCCCAGACCAUGUGAAAGGGUAUAUCUAUGUGGAGUCGUACAAACAGACCCAUGUGAAGUCUGCCAUCGAGGGCAUCGGGAACCUGCGCAUGGGUCUGUGGAACCAGCAGAUGGUUCCUAUCAAGGAGAUGACCGACGUCCUGAAGGUGGUCAAGGAGGUCACCAACCUCAAGCCCAAGAGCUGGGUCCGACUGAAGAGGGGGCUGUACAAGGACGACAUCGCGCAGGUGGACUAUGUGGAGCCCAGUCAGAACACCAUCUCUCUGAAGAUGAUUCCUCGUAUCGACCUGGACAGGAUCAAAGCCAAGAUGAGUCUGAAAGACUGGUUCGCCAAAAGGAAGAAGUUCAAGAGACCAUCACAAAGACUGUUCGACGCCGAGAAGAUCAGGUCUCUGGGAGGAGAGGUCAGCCACGACGGAGACUUCAUGAUCUUUGAGGGAAACCGCUACAGUCGCAAAGGAUUCCUGUUCAAGAGCUUCGCCAUGUCUGCAGUGAUCACAGACGGAGUGAAGCCCACUCUGUCGGAGCUGGAGAAGUUUGAGGAUCAGCCUGAAGGCAUCGACCUGGAGGUGGUCACUGAGUCCGGGAAAGAGCGGGAGCACAACCUUCAGGCUGGAGACAACGUGGAGGUGUGUGAAGGAGAACUGAUCAACCUGCAGGGCAAGAUCCUGAGUGUGGACGGCAACAAGAUCACCAUCAUGCCCAAGCACGAGGACCUGAAGGACCCCCUGGAGUUCCCGGCUCAUGAGUUGAAGAAGUAUUUCCGGAUGGGAGACCACGUGAAGGUGAUCGCAGGACGAUACGAGGGAGACACAGGCCUCAUCGUCCGAGUGGAGGAGAACUUUGUCAUCCUGUUCUCUGACCUCACCAUGCACGAGUUGAAGGUCCUCCCUCGGGACUUGCAGCUGUGCUCGGAGACGGCGUCAGGGGUGGACGCAGGGGGGCAGCAUGAGUGGGGGGAGCUGGUGCAGUUAGACCCCCAGACUGUAGGGGUCAUUGUACGGCUGGAGAGGGAGACGUUCCAGGUGCUGAACAUGCACGGUAAAGUGCUGACAGUGCGCCACCAGGCGGUGAACCGGAGGAAGGACAACCGCUUUGCUGUCGCUCUGGACUCAGAGCAAAACAACAUCCACGUAAAGGACAUCGUCAAAGUGAUCGACGGACCACACUCUGGCCGGGAGGGGGAGAUCCGACACUUGUUCCGAGGCUUUGCUUUUCUGCACUGUAAAAAACUGGUGGAAAACGGAGGAAUGUUUGUUUGCAAGACGAGACACCUGGUGCUGGCUGGAGGCUCCAAGCCACGAGAUGUCACCAACUUCACGGUGGGAGGAUUCGCUCCAAUGAGUCCACGAAUCAGCAGCCCCAUGCACCACGGAGGAGGAGGAGCGCAGCAGAGAGGAGGAGGAGCAGGAGGAGGAGGAGGAGGAGGGAUGGGACGAGGAAGAGGACGCAGAGACAACGAGCUGAUUGGACAGACCGUGCGCAUCUCACAGGGGCCGUACAAAGGUUAUAUUGGUGUGGUGAAAGAUGCCACAGAGUCCACGGCGCGCGUCGAGCUCCACUCCACAUGUCAGACCAUCUCUGUGGACCGCCAACGUCUCGCCUCCAUGGGGGCGAAGCGUCACGACGGCAUGACGUCAGCCCACAGCCGCACGCCCAUGUACGGUUCCCAGACGCCCAUGUACGGCACAGGCUCCAGGACGCCUAUGUACGGCUCUCAGACGCCACUGCACGACGGAAGCCGCACGCCUCACUACGGCUCCCAGACCCCGCUGCAUGAUGGGAGCAGGACGCCAGGACAGAGCGGAGCCUGGGACCCCAACAACCCCAACACCCCCUCCAGAAACGAUGAGGAGUAUGAUUUUGGUUACGAUGAUGAACCGUCGCCGUCGCCGCAGGGAUACGGCUCCACCCCGAACCCUCAGACUCCUGGGUACCCAGAGGCCCCGUCCCCCCAGGUCAACACCCAGUACCAGCCCCAGACCCCGGGGACGCCUGCUAUGUACAACACAGAGCAGUACUCUCCAUACGCAGCCCCCUCCCCUCAGGGUUCGUACCAGCCCAGUCCCAGUCCUCAGAGCUACCACCAGGUGGCGCCGUCUCCUGUGGGAGUGUACCAGAACACACACUCCCCUGCCUCCUACCACCCCACACCCUCCCCCAUGGCUUACCAGGCCAGCCCCAGUCCCAGUCCAGUGGGAUACAGUCCCAUGACCCCUGGAGCGCCCUCUCCUGGUGGGUACAACCCUCACACUCCUGGGUCCAACAUCGAGCAGGGGGGCGGGGACUGGGUCACCACCGACAUCCUGGUCCGGGUCAAAGACUCCUUCAUGGACCUGAUGGGACAGACGGGCGUCAUCAGGAGCGUCACGGGUGGGAUGUGUUCUGUGUUCAUGCAGGAGUCUGAGAAAGUGGUGAGCGUCAGCAGUGACCACCUGGAACCAGUCACUCCCACUAAGAACAACAAGGUGAAGGUGAUCCUGGGGGAGGACCGCGAGGCCACAGGGAUCCUGCUCAGUAUUGACGGAGACGACGGAAUUGUGAGGAUGGAACUAGACGAUCAACUGAAGAUCCUGAACCUGAGGUUCCUCGGUCGGCUCGAACACUGA